AUGGCAAGAAAUCGGCUUCCAUUCCAUCGUCCGAAUCAGAUGAAGUGUGACUCUGAUAUCAAGGAGCGCAACGGCAAUCUCCAAGAAGUCCGUGUUUAUAUCUUCUUGGAUUGCUUGGAUGACCGACUUGACAAGGCCCUCAUAGAUGCAUAUGCUUUUGUCCAAUGGGAAGAUCUCCGACAAGCUAUCGUAAUGGAUACUCAGGCAUCGAUCGCGGCUGGUUGGAGGCCAAGGGAACUCACCGGCUAG